UGUCUCUCAAAAUAGUUUGCAGCUCCUUGAUUUGGUCAUUAGCCGGCAACACUUUCAACCGUCUAAAUUCCUUGCAAUAUUCCGCCCCAUUCAUAUCGAUAUCUGCACUGCCCAUUUUCAAACUAUUUCCAGAAAAAUUUGCUCUCUGCCACCUGGCUUUAUCCAGGAAAAUUUCUAGGUUAUCCGGACCUUGGGUGAGAAUCUAGUCUAGUGAGCAGUGGUUUUUUUUUUUGUAAAUUACAAAGCAAAAUAUGGUUUAAAAUUUAACUGGAAUAUUGCUUACCGUUAUUGAAGACUGACAAUCAUGGGUAGGACAAAACGCAAACGGAACAAAUCAGCACGAGAACCGAUCAACAUAAAUUUGGGCACGGAUCAGGAAUCGAUCAACCUGAAACAAUGGCUAAAAACCCAAAACCCCUUUUACGACCCAUUGCAUCUACAGCUUCGCAACUUUUCUGCCACAGGAAGAGGAGUGUCUGCAAAAAAAUCCGUACAACCAUCAGAAGUGCUACUCAAAAUACCCUUCCGACUUCUAAUUACUUUCGAUUCCAUAAGAAAAUCCGAAUUAGUUGAUUAUUUUGAUGUUGGGCAAAAGCCUUUAACAAUACACACUUUAUUGGCUGUAUUUUUAGUUAUGGAAAAACAUAAAGGCAAAAAAUCCAAGUGGAAAAAUUAUAUUGAAUCUUUACCUUAUCCUGAACCUUUACUGCCAUGGAUGUGCAAUGAUGAAGAAUUUUACCCUGAUGAACUUAAAAGUUGUGCAGUAAAGCUUCAACAAAACUUUGAAGAAAGUUUUAAAAACUUAUCUUUAAACUUAAGUGUUUUGUGUAAAUGUUGCAAAAAUAGUUUAAACUAUUUAUUAGAUUUUGAUAUGUUUAAAUGGGCUUAUGUUUUGGUUAAUACCAGAGCUGUAUAUAUUGAUGCAGAUUAUUUAAUAUCCAAUGAUAAUUCUCAUGUUUCUUUAUUAGUUGAUGAACCAAUUUUAGCUUUAUGUCCUUAUUUGGAUUUAAUAAAUCAUCAUUACAAAGCCAGGACAAAAGCAAAUGUUGUAAAUGUAGAUGGAGAAGCUUUUUAUCAAUUAAUAACGAUGACAGGGUUUAGUAAGUACGAACAAAUUUUUAUUAGUUAUGGAGCUCACAGUAACGACAAACUUUUUAUGGAGUAUGGAUUUUUUAUUCCAGGAAAUGUUUUCGAUUUUGUUAAAAUUAGCUUCAAGGAGAUUCUUGAAAUAUUAAAGAUAAGUUUGGAUGAGAGACAGUAUAAGGCAAUUAAAAAUUACAAGUUUAAUGCUAAUGAGGUUUAUAUUAAUCAAAAUGGACCGUCGUUUGUGUUGAAAGCUAUUUUAUUUGUAGGAUAUUAUCCUGAAAUUUUAAACUAUGGUUCGUUUAUUUUUAGUAACAGGUUUCCUAGUGAUUUUAGUAGUGUGAUAUUAAAAGGUACAAGAGUAUUGUUAAAUUUUAAGCUAGAAGAGUAUAAAAGUGAUGUUAGACGAUAUGAGGACAAUGUUGAUGAUUUUGCAAAAUUGAUGAGUAAUUAUUUAGAAUAUAGAGUCAAAUAUGUGCAAGACUUAUUGUUGUUAUUGGAGGAAAAUAAAUUAUGUUUUUGAGAAGAAUUUUUUGUUUUGUAUUCGAGACAUAAACCAAAAAUGCAUUGAGGGUCAGUAACAUUAUAAAGCAAUGAACAAGUAUUCAGUGGGGUGGGUUUUGGUAUAUAUACAAUGACGAAAUUAUGCUC